AUGGGCUUCAGCACCGGGCUCGGGACGGGCGCGGGGAUGAGCCCCGGCCCCGCGGGGUGCGGGCGCUGCUCCCAGCCCGGCCCGCGGCCCUUCUGCUGCCCGCAGUGCGGGAAGGCCUUCGGGAAGAAGGCGCACCUGACGCGGCACCUGCGGGUGCACACGGGCGAGCGGCCCUUCCCGUGCCCGCACUGCGGCCGCCGCUUCCGCCAGCGCAUCCACCUGCGCUCGCACCUGCGCACGCACACGGGCGAGCGGCCCUACCCCUGCCCGCGCUGCGCCCGCCGCUUCCGCAAGAAAACGCACCUGGACCGGCACCUGCGCACGCACACCGGGGAGCGCCCGCACCCCUGCCCGCGCUGCGCCCGCCGCUUCGCGCACCGCCAGCACCUCCUGCGCCACCUGCGCCUGCACGGGGACCCGCCCCCGGGGCACGGGCAGCGCUGUGGGGACGGCGACGGGCACGGGGACCCGGCCCCGGGGCACGGACACCGCCACGGGGACAGUGACAAGCACAGGGAUGGCACCGCCGAGGAGAAGCCGCUGCCCUGCCCGGGCUGUGAGAUGAACCUCAGCUGGAAGCAGAACCCGGGGCUGCACACGGGAGCGGACCCCCAGCACCCAGCACGGGCCGAGCGCCCCUUCCUGCAGGACCCCCAGCUGCUCUCACAGGUGCCCAGUGCCAACUGCAGCCACGGCCGUGCCCAGGACCCCCAGCACCUCCUGCAGCCCCCACAAGUGCCCGGUGCCCAGGACCACCUGCCACAGGUGCCCGGUGCCAAAUGUGGCCAUGGCUGUGCCCAGGACCCCGCACAGCCGCCACAGGUGCCUCCUUCCCAGCGCCCCUUUACCUGCCCACAAUGCGGGCGUGGCUUUGGGCGCAAGGCUCACCUGGCGCGGCACCUGCUGGUGCACUCGGGCACCCGGCCCCACGCCUGUGCCCGCUGCGGCCGCCGCUUCAGCUCCAAGACAAACCUGGGCCGGCACCAGGCCGUGCACACGGGGCUGCGACCCCACCGCUGCACCCGCUGCGGCCGUGGCUUCACCCGCAAAACUCACCUGGAGCGCCACGAGCGCACCCACGGCACCGGCCCCGGCCCCUUCCGCUGCGCCCAGUGCGGGAAGGGCUUCCGGCAGAAGCAGAGCCUGGUGACGCACGAGCGCAUCCACACCGGGGAGAAGCCGUUCCGCUGCGGGGACUGCGGGAAGAGCUUCAGCCAGCGGCCCAACCUGCUGACGCACCGGCGGGUGCACACGGGCGAGCGGCCCUUCCCCUGCGCCCAGUGCGGCAAGAGCUUCUCGCAGAAGGCCAACCUGCUGGCGCACCAGCGCAUCCACGGCGACGCGCCCUUCGUGUGCCCCGAGUGCGGGAAGAGCUUCCGGCAGAAGCCCAACCUCAUCACGCACCGGCGCAUCCACACGGGCGAGCGGCCCUUCUCCUGCUUCCUGUGCGGCCGCAGCUUCAACCAGAAAACCAACCUGGUGACGCACUACCGGGUGCACACAGGUGAGCGGCCCUUCGCCUGCGCCCAGUGCGGCAAGCGCUUCACCCAGAAAACCAACCUGGUCACGCACCAGAGCACCCACACCGGGCGCGGCCCCUUCCGCUGCGACACCUGCGGCAAGCGCUUCAGCCUCAAAACCAACCUGGCCACCCACCAGCGCAUCCACACAGGUGAGCGGCCCUUCACCUGCGGCGUCUGCGGCCGCCGCUUCAACCAGAAGGGCAACCUGGUGACGCACUACCGGGUGCACACGGGCGAGCGCCCCUUCGCCUGCGCCCAGUGCGGGAAGCGCUUCGCGCAGAAGCCCAACCUGCUGGCACACCAGAAGACGCACCUGGGCCGCCAGCCCUUCACCUGCCUCGAGUGCCCCAAGCGCUUCAAGAGCAAACUGUCCCUGCGGGUGCACCAGCGGGUGCACACCGGCGAGCGGCCCCACACCUGCGCCGAGUGCGGGAAGCGCUUCCGGCAGAAGGUGAACCUGGCCGUGCACCUGCGGACGCACACCGGGGAGCGGCCGUUCCGCUGCGCCGACUGCGGCAAGGGCUUCAGCCAGAAGGCUCACCUGCUGCGGCACCGCCGCACCCACGGCCCGGACCGGCCGUACCUGUGCGGCACCUGCGGCAAAUCCUUCCGGCACCGGCGCAGCCUCCUGGCGCACAAGAAGCUGCGGGGAGGGGCCCGGGCCCGGCACGGCUGCGCCAAGUGCGGCCGCACCUUCUGCCUGCGGGGGGACCUGCUGCGACACCGCGACACGCACCGGGCGCGGCCCGGGGGCCACGGGCGCUGCGCGGAGCCGGGCGAGGAGCAGCCCUUCGUGUGCGAGCGCUGCGGGCAGAGCUUCAGCUGGAGGGAGAGCCUGGAGCUGCACCUGAGGAGACACCGCGACCCCGAGCGCGCCCACCCGUGCCCCGAGUGCGGGCGCGUGUUCCCGCACCCCCGGUACCUGUGGCUGCACCGCCGCAAGCACUCGGGCCAGCGGCCCUUCCCCUGCGCCCGCUGCGGCCGCGCCUUCGCCUCGCAGGCCAACCUGAGCACGCACCGCAGGACACGGCGGCACUGCCGGCCCCGCUGCCAGUUGUUCUCUUCUGCUUAG